AUGCAGCACUACGGGGUGAAUGGCUACUCCCUACAUGCGAUGAACUCACUCAGCGCCAUGUACAACCUGCACCAGCAGGCAGCCCAGCAGGCCCAGCAUGCCCCUGACUACCGGCCAUCGGUGCACGCGCUUACACUGGCUGAACGCCUAGCCGGCUGUACAUUUCAAGACAUCAUCUUGGAGGCCCGCUAUGGCUCCCAGCACCGCAAACAACGUCGUAGUCGCACGGCAUUCACAGCCCAGCAGCUUGAGGCCCUGGAGAAGACCUUCCAGAAGACGCAUUACCCAGAUGUGGUCAUGCGCGAGAGGCUGGCCAUGUGUACCAAUCUGCCCGAGGCCCGCGUGCAGGUCUGGUUCAAGAACCGCAGGGCCAAGUUCCGGAAGAAGCAGCGCAGCCUGCAGAAAGAACAACUCCAGAAACAGAAGGAGGCUGAGGGCUCCCACGGAGAAGGCAAGAUGGAGGCCCCAGCCUCAGACACCCAGCUAGAGGCAGAACAGCCUCCCAGUCUGCCCAGUGGUGAUCCGCCUGCUGAGCUUCAGCUGAGUCUGUCGGAGCAAUCGGCCAGUGAGUCAGCCCCUGAAGAUCAGCCAGACCGUGAGGAGAACUCUCGCGCUGGGGCCGAGGAGGCCAAAGCCCAGAAGAGCCCUGGAUCUGAGAGCAAGGUGCAGGGCUGCAAGAGGGGCAGCCCCAAGGCAGAUUCCCCAGGCAGCCUGCCCACGACUCCAGCAGCACCAGGGGGAGGCCUCCUGGGCCCUUCCCAUUCCUACUCCUCCUCCCCGCUCAGCCUCUUCCGUCUCCAGGAGCAGUUUCGCCAGCACAUGGCAGCCACCAACAACCUGGUGCACUACUCGUCUUUUGAAGUGGGAGGCUCGGCACCUGCUGCGGCUGCAGCUGCGGCUGCUGCGGUGCCCUACCUAGGUGUCAACAUGGCCCCACUGAGCUCACUGCACUGCCAGUCUUACUACCAAUCCCUGUCAGCUGCUGCUGCUGCUCACCAGGGAGUCUGGGGGUCCCCAUUGCUGCCGGCGCCCCCUACAGGCCUGGCACCUGCCUCAGCUGCCCUGAACAGUAAAACCACGAGCAUUGAAAACCUUCGCCUCCGGGCCAAGCAGCACGCGGCCUCCCUGGGACUGGAUACACUGCCCAAUUGACUUCUCUGGCUUCCAACCCAACCGUGGUCGUGGUUUGUGUGCCCCUGUCUCAGUCCCAUGGUUAUUCCCAGAAAGCUCUCCCAGAACUAAUCUUGAGAGCUCGGGGAUGCUGGGGCCUGGAGUCCUCUCACCCCGUGUCCCUUCAGCAGAGUCCCAGGCCCAGGUGAAACCCACAUUCCCUCUGCAUGUCCCUGCUUGGACCCUAUGGAGGUCAAACGGGGAGGAGGUGAGCAACUGGCUAGAUCCCCUCCUCAGUAUUGUCUCCUCCCUCCUGGCCCACCCCACUAGUAAGUUGAUGUGUGGAAUGUGAGAUAUAAAUAUAAAUAUAUAAAACUAUAUUUUCAGGCAUUGCCUGCCCCAGGCCCCUUCCCCUGUUCCCAUCAUAUGGCCACUGCUACCUUUGCCUCUGAAACUCCCUUCCUCCCCCUUCCUUCCUUGCUCCCUCGCUCCCUCUGUCCCUAUCUCCCUUUCUCUUUCUUCUCUUGCCCCCCCCCCCCCACUGCCUCUGUCUUGAGGCUGUCUCCCCGCCUACCUGGAUCUAACUGCUAUGCCUUCCCUCCGCCUCUGGUUUCUUCCUUUGGUGCUGGCUGUGUUAGUGUCCUGUAUUCUCAAAUAGUGUUUUGUUUGGGGUUGUGGCUUUUGUUUUAGUAAUAUUGUUCCUUCCUGUUUCCCUCCUACCCUGCCUGCCUAUCUGCCCCCUUAGCCCGAACCCUCUCUAGGCAGCUCUUCCAAUCUAUGUCCCAAGAUUCCACAAAGCCCUACCCGGAGGCCACGGAGCAACAGUCAGAAGGAAGCCCUAUUCCCACAGUGUCUCCCGGAUAUCAGGAAGGGCUUGUCACCCUUUCUUCUCUUACUAAUGAUCUUGGAGGUACCAACUCCCCAGAUUGUAGAGGGGCAGUGGAAUGGCUGGCAUCAUGGCAAGGCUCUGGAGUUCCUUAGCAGUGAGAGAAAUCCUAUGGCUUCCUCUCCCCCAGGUAGUCACUGGCAUGGUAAGGGGUGUUCUUUCAGGUCUAGGCAACCUUGCUCUGUAGCUUUCCCUUUCGGGGUCGUGGAAACUUGGGCAAGUCCAGUGCUUUCUGGGAUGGUCUUGUCGGGAUAAGAAGACUUAUUAGAUUCUGUGCAUUUCCAGCCACCCGGCAUUCUGUGCCCACAGCCAUGGAGGACAGAGGCCUUUAUUUAAACGUAACAGUGACUCAGCACAGACAGUAGAGAAGCCUGAUGUGUAGGCUCGAACGUUAACGGCUGUUUUACUGAGAAACAGUGCAUCCCACAUACAUGAAGCUCUCUCUGGAGACUGACUCGGUUUCCCUGUAAGUGUGGCGGCUCCUUUCUAGGUGAGACAGUCUGCAUUCGAGCCUGCUUUUCUUGGAUUCCAGUGCUAGCCUGAGGGGAGGCUUACUCCAUUUCCGUGCCCACUGUGGGGGUAGGCAAGAUGAAUUAGAUUCUUUUGGCUCACCACUGAGCCAAACCCCACACUUAGAGGGUAGCCUGGCCUGACUGGCCUACAGAGUCAGCAGAGCCCAUCUUAGUAAGGUCAGUCUGGACUGGGGUAGGAAGAAAAGGCUUCAGCCGGGAAAAAGCAGGGAAAAGCAUGGAAUCUGAUAGGAGAGGUGAGCAUGCGAUCAUUGAACAGGAGGGAUGACCUCAAUGAGAGGUGGAGCAGAAAGGCCUGGAAUCUAGGCUAAUAUCCCACUUCCAUGCAGUAAGCACCAAAGACAGGCAGCUGAGGGUGUCUGAGUGAGGGGUAGCUCUCUCGAAUCUGAAGGUGAGACCAAAGCUGUGGGGAUAUCAGAGAAGGAGAGACCUGGCCAGGGAGACAGAAGGGAUUCUGGGCUGAGGAGGGUUCAGUGGCCCACGGCUAAUGGAUUGUGGUUAGCUUCAGGAAGAUGUGAUUUUGAAACAUCUCUUCUGGGCCCAGGCACAGGGCUGAAACAGUUUGUUUAUUCCUGGGUACAAAUGAUUGUCGCUGGGACUUGGCCCUCAGCAUUUCAAGGCAUUACCGGUUCUCCUAGAUGAAGCAAGGCCUCCCGGAGUUGAAUUCUAUCAUGGCGGAAACCAGGGCUACCUAGGCUUUUAGGAAGCAUUCUUAGAUUUUCGUCAGCCAUUUUCUGUUGACGCAAACUCAUAGCCAGAGAAGGAAGGGGAGACACGUGCGGGCUUUACCCUCGAGGAUCUCAAGGUAAUUUAAGGUACCAGAGUCAGGUGCUUCAAGCAGCUGAAAGAGAAGGGUAGGUAGAGAGUUGACCAUGCUGCCUUGGGAGGAUUAGAGGGUAUGAUUUUUGGAGGAGUUAAAAGGCACAAACUAAUGGACUCUCUCCCAGGCCCGCUAGCCUGCUUGUCAGUAACUCAGAACAGAGAGACUGAGGAUGGAACCUUACAAGCCCUUCUGUGAAAGUCUUGUAUCUCUCUGCUCCUUCCUUUUUGGGGUCUCCUUUGUCCCACUUCCUCACUCUCCUAGAGCAUGGUCCAGGGGCCUGGGUCCCCACCUCUAUGCCAAGGCUGCCGAGCAAUAUAGACUGCUUUCCAAACCAGCUGUUUUGUGACCCUUUGUGCUUAGAGGUUGUGCCAGCCUGUGGCAAGAACACAGUGUAUUGUAUUUAUUUAUUCUGUUAGUUGAAGAAACAACCACUCCAACCACUCUCUUUCCCUUCCCCUGCCCCCUGCGUAGCACAGCAUGAUGCUCUGUCCUGUGUAUCUGUCUGUCAGUCCUUUGGCCUUACCUCCUGUGAUGUUGUGACCUGUUCUUUGUCCUAAUUGGCUAAUAAAAGAGAACCUGGCAGCACAGCCCUUGACCCAUAUUCAUUCCCAGAGAUGCUUACAGGGGCUGAGUAGGUGGUGUUUCAGAGUCGCACAGUGACUGGAGGGACACAGUGCAAGUCUGCCUUGUGACAGGUGGCUUCUCUGCUGGCCUCGCAACAAUCUUCACGAUUCUUAUUUGUAGCUUGUGUGUCACUUUGAAGAAGUCAUUGGGAGCAGGGAGUAUAGGUACAUCUCUGUCUUCUCUGGCCUUUUUGGGGGUUCACCCAAGGACAGGUGACAGGACAGUCUGGGGCAGGGGACACCUGCCGAUAUCUGGAGAAGCCUGGGGGAUGGUUCUGCAGGGUUGUGAGGCCAGGAUGAUAGGUGAAGCCUCCAGCGAGCUAAAGGCAAAGCUGAAUCCUAGGGAAGCACAUUUGAAUUUCUAGGCAUGGUAGCACGCAUCUGAAUCCCAGCACUUGACAG